AACAAAUUAUAUAUUUUAUAGACCUUUAAAACCAACAUAUUUCCCCCCAGCGGAUUAAUCUUGAAAUCUAUCUAGUUGUGCUUCCUUUAAGUUAAUUAUCUAAAUGAAGUUUUCAUGUUAAAAAAAAUUAAAAGAAGUUUAUUGGCUGGUGCCGGAUGCCGCUUUUCCAACACAAACGUUUCCAGUAAUUUAUAAAUUUGCAGGCAGGCCACCAAAGCUAAAAAAAAAAAAAGAAUCAUUACCUACAUGUAACUCAUCCUAGUGACAAAUUUUACGGAAAAUAUUUAAUUUUCUACAACCUGACUUAAAAAUGACAGAGAGUUUACAUAAGUUUUCUUCAGGUGUCUUGUUGCACGGAUGAAUGAACUUUUUGGUAUACAUUUUGGUAUACAAUUAAAAUUUGUGCAGAUAUUUAACUCGGCGGGUGCAUUCGGGCAUUUAUCCUUAAUUUCCCUCGUGAGGACUGCUUUUAAGGGAUUUCUUUUAUAAACCUGCGACUGAUAGAGCUGUCACACGGCGGAUUGAUGGACUUCAAAUAUGAAGAAAUUCAGAGAGAAACCCAUCGUGUGACGUAUUUUUUGCAUUCAGUCAACUGAUAUGGUGGUGUGGCCAGUAAUUUUGCACACGACAGUGAUGAUGCUGUUCUGGCUGAUGAGCGUCACGUGCUCUGGCACGUGCCCUGAGAAUAACGCCCUGAAGGAAGCCCUCACGUGCCUCCACAAUCUGACGGACGGGGAGAAUGCAAAGGUCACCAUAAGCCCUGCAGACAUCUAUAGGACCAAACAAUUCUGCGAAAAUGGAAACUUUAGGGAUUCGGUGAAUUGUUUAAGAAAUUUACAUCAAUCGUGUAAAGAUCCGGUCAAAUUAGAGAUGUUGACAAAAUACGCUGACCCUAAUGCCUGGGAAGCUGGAUUUGACAGACUUUGUCAUAGCAUGUCACUAUAUAUUAGUAAGGCUGACUGCAUCACAAAGCAAAACUCCGAAAUCCAGAAAUGCACGGAGAGCAAACAUAAAGAUAUCGAAAUUUCCAACGAAGCUGGCGUGACCUACAGCAUCAGUGAAGACGAAGAAAAAUAUGUAAAGAGUAUAUGUGGCAUAUUCCAGGUUUCAAACCAUUGUUACAGCACACAGAUAGGAAAUCAUUGUGGGGAGGAUAUCAAAGCUGUUUUAACAGACUUCAAUAGUGGUCUAACGCCACCCAUUUGUAGAGACUACAGCUUCGCGCCUCGGAGCUCAGCAAGGACCCAGUCCCUUAGUUUAUCUGCACUAACUGCCUGCUUAAUGUGUUUCGUGGCAUGGAUGAAGAUAUCAUGAUUAAAAAUCAAGAUGUAGUCAGUGUUUGGAUUUAACAUUCCAAUAUCGAUAUUCGGAGAACAUGUGAACAAACUUAGAAUUCCGGUGUAGCAAGUUUACAAGGGGACUUCGAUUUCGAAGAUGUGAUGGAAGAAAGAUAACUCGUACUACGCUCAUUAUACAAAGCCCUCCUUAUUCUUUGGAUGUGUGCAAUUUUAAAAGUGAGAAAGUGGCUUUUCUCUCAAUGUGUAACAUAAUUUCUUACCAUGGAUAAAAGAUUUUUUUAAUCUGUGUAUGGAAUAAAUGAAGGUUUUAUUUCAGAACAUUUUUAUUUUAUCUUCAAAUGUGUUGCAUAAACAUAUAACAUGCUUAUGAAUUAUUAUGUUCAUGAAAGGACAUAACACACUAUUCUGUGUAUGAGUGUUGGAAAGUUCUAUAAAACACAUGGAUAAGUGCUUAAUUAAAAGAAUGACAAAAAUGGCUACAUAGGUACAUGUAAUAAAGGAGAGGGAGAGGGGCAAAAAAUCAAUUUGCUUGAAAACAGUGCUUUUUUUUUAUAUAAAAUGAGAAAAUGUACAUAACCCUUAUUUGACCAUACUGCAUGUAAAAGUGGGGGUUGUGGGAACCAGCCUUUCAAUGUACUUUUUCUUUUUCAAUAGUAAAAAAAAAUGUCUACAGGGGAAAAGAAGGGGGGGGGGGGCAAAGACAAUUGAAAGUAAAUCAGAUGACAUUAUUUUGAAAUUUGAAUUUGUUUGGACAUUUUUUUUUUUUACCUUUUGAUAUAUUCUUUCCUACCACUGUUUUUGCAAAUAAAACAUUUGAAGUAUUGACAAGGUAUUUAUGGAAAUAUCUGUUUAUGUCCCUACUUUUUUAUGAAACAAGUACUUAAUUUUUUAAGGCAAUGUUGAAUAAUAAUCAACUACAUGUAUUAGUGCGUUUGAAUGGGAACCUGGAAUUGUACAUGAUUUGUGAAGAGUAUGGAAGUACCAUAUAAUGCUUGUCCAUAAAGUUUAUGUUUUUCUUUGCAAAAACCUUUUAUAUGAAAUUUAGGGUUACAAUGUAUUUAACAUAAGAGUGAAGGAAACAGUAAUUUAAUGUGAAGUGAAUGUGAAAAUGAAAAAUCAGCCCCAUUCUUCAUGCAUUAUUUUUUUAUUUCAGUUCAGAUGAGAGUUAAUUGUUUUGGGUUAUAUUUGUUCAAAUGCUUAUAGUCUGUAUUGAAGAAAAAAUGAGGCUUUUUCUUUUACCUUUUCAUAUUAUAUUUUUAUAUUGUUUAUCUUUUUGAACCAAAAGUCUUCUCUAUCCGAUUUUAGUUAAUUUUUUGUUGUUGAAUUUUAAGCAAUUAUUUUAUUUUAUGCAGGAACCAAAUAGUUUUUCGUUGGACAUAUUUUGUUUGUUUCAGCAAAGGUUUUUUUUUUUUUUUAAAGAUUUCUUUUGUUUGUUUAUUCAAGUUUAUUGGGCAUGUGAAAUAUUUGAGUGUCUGUAGGUAUUCAUUUUAUACAUUCUACUCACAGCUUGUUUUCUGAUUAUAUUUUCUUGCCUUUUAUUUAUAUAUAUUUAACCUGUGGGAAAAUAUGCGAAAAUAAAAC